UUGGAGUCUCCUUGGAAACCAAAAGAAACACAAAUUCAUUAGCCAGGGGCUCGAACAUAGAAACCAGGAGAGAUACAAAUGCCAAGAUUACCAUCGAGAGAUCCACAUAGAUCCUCAGAGGGAAGUGUGGAGUGACAAGCAACACUAGACUAGUUCAAAAGAAGUUGGGAGACAUUAUGCCGGUCCUAUCAUCUUUGAUUUUUACGGGGAGCUCAAGUUUUCUACUUAGAGAUAUGAAAGAAAGGAAUCUAACCUUUGUUCUGGACACAUCUGUGAGUAUGCAUCCCAUCUUGGACGCAUUAAAGCGCCAUCUGAAACAGGCUUUGUUUGAACUGGCUUACUCAACGACUGACUGCAAAUUCAACAUCAUCUCCUUCUCUGGCAAGGUUAACAAAUACUGUGACGUUCUGGUUCCUUGUACGCCUCAGAGAGUGGAGAAGGCGUUGGCCUGGAUCGCGUCCCUGGAGUGUGAAGCUGGGAGACACACGCAGCACGCACUGGCCGUGGCCUUUGAUGACCCAGGGUGUGACGCCCUGUACCUAAUGACCGGCGACAAACCGGACACCCACCCUGAGACACUCUACACAACACUGCUGCAUUCAGCUAAAGGACGGCCAGUGCACACUCUCUACACCACACAAGACUGCGCCAAGACGGAGGCCUGUGCCUUCCUGCAAAAGAUAGCCUUGCUGACAGGGGCAUCGUUUCACGCAGCGAGAGUCUGCACAACUGGAUCCGUGGACCAGCUCAUCCCAAUCUUUCAACUUGACUCCUCUGACUGCCUGGGUCUGUGUUGCUCGAAGACAAACCACUCUAAUACAUUCCCAGCACUGAAUGGAGACUUCUAUGAUCCACAUGGGCCGCCAAUUGUGCCUUUCGGCCGGUCUGCAUUACAUCCCAAAGGCAUGAAGGUUAUAACAAGCGCAGACUUAAUUGAUUCCAUUGCUGGAGAGCUGAUAAGAGGAGCUCGUGUUUUGGCUCGGAGGAAGAGCGAUGGAUAUUACUAUCUGGGAAGACUUGGCCGGGAAGUGGAGCGAUGCCCAGGUCGAUUUAUGGUAGAAUUUGAUAAAAAUAAGAGGAUAAGACAAAAAUCCCGGGGUCGCCUGCAGGAAACAGCACAUUAUGAUAUCCUGCACUAUGAGGAUGCCAAGAGGAAUGCCGUGGGUCACGGGUGCAUGGUUCUGGCCCCAUGGGAGGCUAGCAUGGAGCGCUACAGCCCAGGGACCGUGCUGCAAGGCAAGGAGGGACGAGGAUACAGGUUAGAUCACGACAGCAGUGAUGGGUUGAUUGUAAAUUUCUGGAACGGCAAAACAGUGAAGGUUGCUCCUGGGACAGCCGUGUGGAUCCCACAGUCACUGGGCGAGCGAAUGAUCUUGGAGCUCCAGAUGACCACCGCAGCGAAACAAAAUCUUCUGGACACAUGCCCCGAUUAUCCCUUGGUCGUUCCUCCAGGCUACAGAAGUUCUGGGAGUCGUGGAGAUGAAUUUGAGCUUGUGGUCCACUCCAGGGUCCCCUGCCUCCGCCAAGGUCUACAUUCACAUCACAAUCAUGGGUCGUGCACAGUCCCCGAUAACCUGCCGGGCCAGUCGAAGCCUGAGGCCAAGUCUCUUGUUGCUUCUGAGAUUGGUGAUGGAGAUGCGGGGAGCUCUAGUUCGACUGUGGCCAGAGAAGAACUGCGCCAGUCAACGUCGCCAAUGAAGGGGAAGAGAGUUACAUCUGCAGAAUCUCUGCUGAGACACAUAACUUCACUUCAGAGAGAUAUCGAAACGCUCGUUCACUCGGACACCUCGCUGUGGAUGUCCGCCACUCUGCCAGUGUUGGACAGGAACAACGACUCUCCCGCCAGUGGUGCUUUAAGUACCAGCCCGGCAAAUGGCUUUCAUCACACAACAGCGGUGAAACGGGAGAAAACUCGGAAAAUAAUUCCCUCGUCUUCUCUCCAGAAGAAAACUGGGAAGAAAUUACUUCAGGGGACACAAGGAACGGCAGGUGCUGGACAUUUGAGUAAAACACAAAGUGCUGGAGGAUCUCAGCGGGUCAGGCAGCAUCUGAGGAGGGAUAUGGACAGGUGACAUUCUGGGUCAGAUUCAAGGAGGAGGGGUGUAAAAAGAGUCCCGACCCGAAACGUCUUCCAUUCAUUGAGAUGUUGAAGACUGCAGGGCUUGGGGUUUGUGUGGGAGGGGGAAGGUUGGGAAGGAUUAAUGAGGCAGGUUUCAUUGUGCGGGGAGUGAUGGGUUGCCCGGGACAUGUUGCAAGGGCGGAGGAGGCAGGCGGUGGAUGUGAUGCUAAUGUAUGGGAGGUGUUUAGUAAGGACUAGAUAGAUACAGACCAUGUGCAAGC